CUCCGGCCCUGGGACGAGUGUCCGGGCAGUGGAGACUCUUAUUGUGACACGGCGGGGUUGGGGACACGCGGGUCCCGCGGUGUCACCCUGGCUGCACAUUAAAGCCUCCCCGUAACGCCGCGCAGAGGGGGCUAUGACCGCCCGGCCCGGGGAAUGACCGUCCCUGCCCCAAAUACCGCUUAAAGCCCAGGUGACAACUUCUAGGCUGUAGGGAAAAUCCACACCAGGAAAGCCUCUAUUCUGCAAGGCAAGGGUUCCAUUCUAUCCAGGAGCCCAGCCAAGAAAACUUUUGUGGCCUACCACCUAGUUUUUACCAGCCACCCAUCCAAAGCCAGUUAUCACCAACAAAAACCCAGGACAGCCGCGAAACCUCUCCUAUGAGUGUCCCCAACCUCCCAUCCGUUUCCUCCAUGUGCCAACCAACCAUGUUUAACUACGAACGUCCAAAACACUUUAUCCAGUCUAAGAAUGUGUGUCAAGGGCAGCAGCAGCCUCCAGGACCCGCAGCCUCCGCGGAGUCGAGCAGAGAGAUCAAACAGUCCUCCAUCCUCAUUCAGCCUCGCAACCCGAGCGGGCAGAAAUUCUCCUCCUCGUCAUCGCUGAGCUCUUCAAUCACGCUCUCCUCGCCUUCCUGUAGUGCCCCCAAGGAAUCCACAUAUCCCAUCACUCCUGCAUCUGCACAGUCUCCUGCUAGCUCAUCAUCUGGGCAGAGGCUUAUACCCAUGCCUAACCAAUCCCCCGCAGCAUUCCUGUGCUCAGUGCUCCCCUCGCAGCCCGACUAUAACAGCCAAACUCCUUCUCCCAUGGAACCUCACAGUUACUCCCAGCCAAUGUAUAACAAACAAGCCAGCAUCAACUCUAUGCAGAAGACAUCAGACCAAGAAAUUAGAGGAACAAAAGAGGCCCUCAUUCAGGACUUGGAAAAGAAACUCCGAUGCAAAGACAACCUUCUCCAGAAUGGCAACCAGAGAUUAACUUAUGAAGAGAGAAUGGCUCGCAGGCUGCUCGGACCAGUGAAUGCUGCCUCUGUGCUGGAAACACAGAGUGAGGACAACAUGCAGAAUGCACAGCACCAGAAUGCAGAAAACGUCAGGCUGCAGGUUCCUACAACACAUGUAAGGAGCAGACCAUCCUCAAGAGGAGAUGAACGUGGACAUGACUCAAUCCAGGAGAAGUUUUUCCAGCCCCGUUUCACACAAGUGCCUGAGGACGUGGUUAUUGAGGAGGGACGGUUCUGCAGGCUCGACUUCAAAGUGAGUGGGCUGCCCACUCCAGAUGUGAUGUGGUACCAGAAUGGAAGGAUGGUUCAUCAAGAUCAGUUCCAUAAAAUGAUAGUGUCGGAAAAGGGAUUCCACUCGUUCAUUUUUGAAGCAGUCAAAUCAUCUGAUGCAGGGGCAUACGAAUGUGUGGCUGUGAACCGUGCAGGAGAAGCAUCUUUCACAGUGAAAGUGGAAGUAAUUGCAAAAGAACAUCACAUGCCUCCAACUUUCAUCUUCAAGCCACAGAGCAAAAAGGUUUUCGAAGGAGACACAGCCAGGCUGGAAUGCCAGAUCUCUGCCAUCCCAACCCCUCGGAUUUACUGGAAAAGAAACAACGAAAUGGUACAAUAUAAUACAGACCGAAUAAGCUUGCUCCAUGACAACACCGGGAGGAUUUGCCUCCUGAUCCACAAUGCAAACAAGAAGGACGCUGGCUGGUACACUGUGUCUGCUGUCAACGGGGCAGGAGUGGCCACGUGCCACGCCAGGCUAGAGGUUGCAACACAUGCAAAUAAGCCACUUCCAGCCCCAAAGCAGUUACGGGUUCGACCAACUUUUAGCAAGUACUUGGCACUUAAUGGAAGAGGACUGGAUGUGAAACAAGCUUUCUCACCAGAAGGAGAGUUUCAGCGUUUGGCUGAGCAGUCUGGACUGUAUGAAAGUGAUGAACUUUAACUGGAAAUGAAGAGGAAAACUCACACCUACAAGAGACGGUUACAACAUAGAUGCAGUUAAUUGGUGAUUGCUCUAAUUAGCAAAAUACCUAUCUACAUAUUUUUACUUUGACUCUUGCACAUUCAGCUGUUCCCAUUUUACCCUGUUAGAUUUUAUUUAUAUGGUUUGGUGACUAUAACCAUUAACUGAGUAUUGCAUUUGAACUAUAAAGCCUAAGAAAGCAGGUUAAUAAGUUUUUUGCAAGUGUGGGUGGGUUUAGUUCCACCUGUGCUUGGUUACAUGCUAAGGUAGAUUGGUUUGUACUGCUUCUCUAAUAUCACUCGUGAUAAUAUCAGAAGUCUGUACUGUCUGAAUACUAAAACCAAAUAGACUAGAGUGUUUUUAUGAGAAUAAAUUAGAGGCAAAUAAAAUUUUAAAUAACCAACA